AUGAAAGACAUGUUUCAAAAAGAAAAUCCUGACAUGAUGGGAUUUCUCGGACGUGUGAAGCUCGCCGAAUCGACAAGGUUCAUAUUUGAAAUAUCCUCUUGGCUAGCGCGUCUCCUUGUCUACCAGUCCGCAUUCGCCCUCUUCUCCAGACUAUCUUGCCAGCCUAACCGUGACUGUCUGCACACUAAGCCUCUUUCGCGGCUGAUCUUUCGCGAUUUGAAGCCCCAAGUAGGAAAGCUUGAUCCCUACGGAUCCCAUUUUCAGCCGUACUUUGUUCACGAGGCUCUCAAUGUUGGUACACUCCCUAGAUCUUGCCCGGAUUUUCGCCUGGCUACAGCAACAUAUGGUCUUGUACCUACUACCGAGAUGUCAACAGUCUUAGGCCCUGAGACCUCUUGUGACAGCUUUUCCGAAGAUUCAGGCUGCGCUGCACUGCACAGUUGCUUGAGCGUCCAUGGCAUCUUCGUCGAGCAUACCCGGAGAGGUGUACGUGCCCAGAUUCUCAACCAAGGCGUUCUUACAAGAUGCCGGGGUCCUUUAGUUUCAGUGCUGCUGCAGUUUAGCCAGCAUGAUCAGACUGGAGCCAAAUAUGCAGGAUGCUGCAUAUCUGGAAUCCACGAGCCAUUCCUGAUUCAAUACAGCCUUAUGCAUGGCUUCUCAAAUCGAUCUGCAGUACACGAAACACAGGCGACUCCGAAAUACAUGGUUGCUGUUGCUGCGUCAUCGCAAUCAGAAGCACAUGGCGAUGUGCCACAACGUGAUGUCGACAUCUCACAACGGGUGGCUACCAUGGUCUUGGAGCUGAGUUACGCACGUCAGUCAUGCGCGUCUACUUCGAUUCCGACACUUACUGCUUUGGGACACACCUCUACGAGACGCGGCACGCAGUGGGUCGCAUCCAUCGUCACGCCGUAUCCCACAAUUUCUUGGACAUGGAAACACACUCUCCCUACGGGCGUAAUUGCAGCAGCAGCUAGCAGCGUCAUGGGGGCCUGCAUGUCUCUUGAGCUGCAGCCACAAGCAGAAGGAUUCAGAAGUCCAUGCUACAACACGUCGUUGAUCACCCGAACCUUGGAUUUGUCUGCGGAGGAGCACACCAGUGUGCACUGCGAGCAUGCUGCGCAGAGUCUAAACGGUGAUGUGCCUUGCGUCUUCUUGUCAGCCUCAUCUCGUGCCACAGAAGGGUCGUGGGGUGGGGGCCGUGCUGGCUUUUGCAGCAAAUGCUGCCGAUCACUUCUUCCUCACUCUCAUAUCCACCUCUCCACUUCUGAGCAAGCAAUUGUGCUGUUCCUCACUGACUCUUGCAUUGAUGCAGCCCUAUCAUUCCACACGACUGGGCAAUGUUCCCGCUUUCGAAUAUAUUUUGCUUUCCGCCUUGCAGCGAACGAUGCUCGCUCAGAUGGCAUCGGUUGGUCAAUGUGCACUGAGAUCACUCUAGGUUCUGUGAUGCCUGUGACGAGCUCGACCAUUGAAGCGCCCAACGCGCGAUGCAAGAACAAGCAAUGCUUCAUCGCGAGUACAUUGCCAGAAAGCCACCGCUGUGACUUGAACUCGUCCGGAGAUGAGAGCUGGUUUCAUCACACAUUCACGAUUGAUUGGGAUAUCGUCUAUGGAACAGAAAGAUUGAUGCCGUCAGGCAUGAAGCUCGACGGAGUAUAUCGAAGCUCGACCGCACGGCAGCUCUCUGAGCUUGGGAAAAACGACCUUGCAGAUACCGAAUCUGACCGAGCAGCUUGCACUACGUCUCCUCCAGUCUCCACACCUAUGACACUGGGCCGGCUCAGCUCGUGUAUGUCUACAGUGUACCCGGGCAAAACUUGCCUCUCGAUCCGAUGA